CCGGGCCUCCGCCGCGGCCCGGCGCCCGAGGUCGGAGGCGGGGAUACGCAGAGCUGGGGCUGGAGGGGGCCGUUCUAACAGCCAGCGCGGGCUCGGAGUUCGGGGGUCGCCCCAGAGUUCGUCCUCCUGCCUCAGAAAUAGGACCUGCAAGUUCGGUCGUAGAAUUUUAGAAUUUUGGCUCCUGGAAGGACCUCGGCCAUAACCUAUCCCUUUACUGGACGCGAAAACCUAGGCUCCCCCGCCCUGUGCCGAGCAGACCCCCCUACCUGUGUGAGGACCGACGCUUUGUGGAUAAGAAUGUGAGGUAUGGGAACCUCAGACAAAGGGCUCGUGGGGUAGGUGGUCCAUCGUCUUUCAGAAUGAGAUGGUACUUUGGGGGGAUGAAUCUCUAAGAAAAGAGCGUUCAGGUGGCAGGUGGGAGAAGGGACACUCCAGAAGGUGCGGUGGCUCUGCCAGUCCCAGAGUGUCCACUGGCCAGAUCUCCCUGGGCCUGGCCUACCUUUGAAGCUCAAGAAGGAAGCAGAUGGACUUGCGAAGACAAAAGAAAGAUCUCUUUGCAGUAUGAGGAAUGGAUGAAGGAAGGAAAGAAUGGAAGCAAGAGAGAUCAAGUAGAGGGUUGUUGCAGUCAUCCAGGAGCCAUGUGUGACCAGGACUGUGGGAUGGUCGUACUCAUGCUGGAGACUCUUGUGAGGAGAUGAGUUGGUGAACGGAGAAGCCAGCAUGAAGAUGCUUCCCGGAGUGGGCGUGUUUGGGACUGGCAGCUCUGCCCGGGUUCUGGUCCCGCUGUUGCGGGCAGAAGGGUUCACGGUGGAGGCCCUGUGGGGGAAGACUGAGGAGGAGGCGAAGCAGCUUGCCGAGGAGAUGAACAUCACCUUCUACACCAGCCGGACCGAUGACGUCUUGCUGCAUCAAGACGUGGAUCUGGUGUGCAUCAACAUCCCCCCUCCGCUUACCCGACAGAUAUCUGUGAAGGCUCUAGGCAUUGGGAAGAAUGUGGUUUGUGAGAAGGCAGCAACCUCGGUGGAUGCCUUCCGGAUGGUGACAGCCUCGCGCUACUACCCGCAGCUCAUGAGCCUGGUGGGGAACGUGCUGCGCUUCCUGCCUGCCUUUGUGCGCAUGAAGCAGCUGAUUGCCGAGCACUAUGUGGGUGCAGUGAUGAUCUGUGAUGCCCGCGUCUACUCGGGCAGCCUGCUCAGCCCCAACUACGGCUGGAUCUGUGAUGAGCUCAUGGGCGGUGGGGGCCUGCACACCAUGGGCACCUACAUUGUAGACCUGCUGACCCACCUGACCGGCCAGAAAGCUGAGAAGGUACAUGGGCUGCUCAAGACCUUUGUGAGGCAGAAUGCAGCCAUCCGUGGCAUCCGGCAUGUCACCAGCGAUGACUUCUGUUUCUUCCAGAUGCUCAUGGGUGGGGGUGUGUGCAGCACAGUAACACUCAACUUCAACAUGCCAGGCGCCUUUGUGCACGAGGUCAUGGUGGUGGGCUCUGCGGGACGCCUUGUUGCCCGGGGAGCUGACCUCUACGGGCAGAAGAACUCUGCCACACAAGAGGAGCUGCUGCUGAGGGACUCGCUGGCUGUGGGCACGGGGCUCCCCGAGCAGGGGCCCCAGGGUGUCCCGCUGCUUUACCUGAAGGGCAUGGUGUACAUGGUGCAGGCCCUGCGCCAGUCCUUCCAGGGGCAGGGGGACCGCCGCACGUGGGACCACACCCCCGUCUCCAUGGCCGCCUCAUUCGAGGAUGGGCUCUACAUGCAGAGCGUGGUGGAUGCCAUCAAACGGUCGAGCCGAUCCGGGGAGUGGGAGGCUGUGGAGGUGCUGACGGAGGAGCCCGACGCCAACCAGAACCUGUGUGAGGCGCUCCAGCGGAAUAACCUGUCAACUUGGGCAGAGUUGAAUUCGGGUGAAUCCGAAGGUGGCUCCCGGAGAACGCCCCCUCCAGUGCUCAUUUACUCCUCAGACUGGUGAGGCGGUGCCGUUCCUAUUGCCAUGGCUGAGAGGGCCGGUCCACAGCACAGGGCGGAGCUGCCCCCAGUGUGUGAGCAGUUCCCGCAAAGGCUUGACUUGGGGGCUUCAUCCGCAUAUUUGUGGUCUUAACUGGGUGAGAAAGCACAGCAAGGAGCCAGCUUGGCUUGAUUCCUCAGGCCUGAGGAGAAAUGACAAGAGGCCUUGUUUCCAUGCCCGUCGUGGGCAGGGGCAUCUCAGGAAUGGUGAGGGCAGGAAGUCAUCCCUCAGGGAUCUGCACCUGCUCUCGCUCCCAUGUGACCUAGCCCUUCCGGCCUCCAGGCUGCCCCUUCCCUGGUAGGGAGGAGGGGUUCUGUAGUAGAUGAGCUCUCAGGGGCUGUUGACCUAGGGCAGAGGGCCCCCCUGAGUUGGCAGAGAGGAGACAAGGGAGAGCUCUGGGACAUCUGAUAAAUGUUAAUAAAUCAGAAAGUCUGACACU